UUAUGGACUGUUCACAGGGUAAUCAUUUUGAAAUAUCCGAACAAGGAAUAAAUCCUGAUGUCAAAGAAAAACCUUCUUUUAAGAUAGAUGCAUCUCAAGACAGCAAGAAAGUAAUAUUUGAUAUAAAAGAAUAUCAAUAUGAUGAUAUACAAUCUAGUGGAGAAAAUAAACAAUCAAAUACAAGCUCUGAAAGCUUCACACAAAUGAAGGAAAUGAUUUUGAGGAAACAUAAUUUGGAUUCCUCACCACCAUUUGUUUUUACCAAAAAUACAUUGCAACCGAAAUCAGGAAAAGAUCCCACUUUACCCACAAAUGAAACCAUCAUCACUUCAAAAUUCUUUGAAGAUAAAGUGGAUAGGUGCAAUGUAAACAAUGAGAUAUCAGAAGUGAAAAUUGAUCAAAGUGCAGUAAAAAUGCCUGAGGAUGUUGUUUCUCAAACAAAUGAACAUGAUGCUGAUUAUCAUAAACUUUCUAAAAGUCCUCAAAACUGUUCUAGCCCUAAGGAUGGACAAGAUAUGACAGUAGCUGGGUUGUUAUUCACACAUGGUCCACAAAGUAUACCAGAAUCAUUAAACUUGUCUAUGAGUACUGCAGAGUAUGAAGAAGGUGAUUCUGAUUUUCCUCAUGGUAUAGAUUCUAGCCUUCUACUCUCGCCUAAAGCAGAUAUAGCUUCAUCAAGUGAAAACAAUAAUGAACCUUAUUCACAAGGAAUUCCAAACUUUCUAUCAGGUUUAAGAAAAACUGGUUUAUCUUUGUUUGGUGCCAAGCCUGAAGAUAUAAAGCCAGGGUCCACCUCUGAUAAUCAAGACACUUUCACUUUUACUUUUAGCGGUGAUGACAAGAGAAACAGAGGUGGUUUAUUUAGUAUGUUUCAUUAAUAUCCAUUUUGUUUAAUACUUUUCUUCAUUGUAUUUCAAGUUCCACAAUUUAAUGUGUUAAUAAAUUACAAAGAUAAUAAAAGUCAGUAUUAUUAUUAUAAUUUUAUAUUUUAUUUAUGUUUGAAUAUAUUUUAC